AUGCUAGCAAUGAAAGCCGCCAUCAACGUCAAACCCACGUGCGGUCAUGCGCAUGGAUGUUGCUCAGCGGGAGAAUUAGAACCCAGUGCUUCGCAGGAAAUUCAAUUAGUUCUAGUGGUCGAAUAUGGCUACCUUCGUAAGUAGAGCCUGUGGGAUUGUUCCUCAAUUUUUUAGUGUAUCCACCAAGAGGGUAGUGAUCUGCAGCUCUAGGGUGGAAAGUAAACGGCUUCUACACGUCGGAAGGUGUUUAUUAGCGGGUAAGGUCUGAGAUCUAGACGUAUCUUUGUAGCUACUAUAUAAACGUAGUGCGCAGUAUUGCGCAAAACAUUAGCGUAAAGUUAAUGUAACAAAGGUAAUGGAACUUUAGAUUUUCAUCGAAAGGGUGGCUGGCGCCCUCAUAUUUUUAAAUUUUGCUUUCAGGAAGCGCAAUUAAACUGUUAGGAUUUACAUAGGCAAUCAGAAAGCUGCAAGGCAUAGUGAUAUGAAAAGCACACCGACCACGCGGGCUACAAUGCACGUGAAGGAGUUUUCCGGUGAACUCGAGCCCCUGUUUGUACAUUAUGCAUGCCGCUUACCCUGUUUUCUCAGAUCUGUUACAAGAUUUACCCUCUGUUCUUUGUAUACUUUGUCUGUUUUCGAACGUUGUUCUAUUUAUCUUUUUUUGUUUGCACCGUUACAGCUGACAUCUUGCAUUUUAUUAGGUAGAGCUGCAUAUAGGGUUGAAAGUCUGGUUCCAUAGAUGAAAGGGGUACCAAAUUCAAAAUAGGCGAUGAAGGAAAAUCGUUAUUUUGAUAUUUUUCAAAGUACCUCGCAUUUACUUUGUUUUGUCUGUGUGCAUGAUCUAAAGUAUGAUAAUACAAUUCAACCAACUGAAAAAGAAAUCCAACCUCAACAUGUGCUUAUUCAAUUAUUUACAAGAUACUAGUAUUGAAUAAUGAUGAUAAUAAGACCAAAUUGAGGCCUAUUUAGUCUGUGUUCAUAUUAGUGUGAUAAAUCCUCAAAUAAGCUCCUUGCCUCAACCAAGCCCCCCUUCUCCCUUCACCUAAAAUUGAUAAUAAACAACCCCUUCUUGAAUAGGAGUCACUUUCUUUUUUCUUGGUUUUGGUAGUCAUUUACUGAGUCAGCAAAGAAUGUAUGAUGUUGAGUGUUUUUAAUGAUUCUUUUUGGCACUAUUGCAUCUUGGGAACACCCUAAGUUUAGAAAGAACCUUUGGUGUUGCUAAUUUUCAGGCAUAGCUUGUCAUAUUGAUAUUAUACACAGUUUACGAUUUGGAUGUCUUGCAGAACUUGUUUUGCAAAUGAUGAACAAACAUUUAUCUAGCCACAAUGUGCAAAAAAAUUGACAGUUACUCCAUCCUCCUCUUCUUUCCUCAAUCUUGCCUGAAGUUUGACUAAAACUCCCUUGGAUGUUAAUUCAAAGAUUCACACCAGACAUUAAAAAACACAUUGACAGGAGAUCUUACCAGCCUCUUUUUAACCCUUUUACUCUGAAGUUUGAUAAUUUUAUCUCUUAUCUAGCUGCUUAGCUACACAUUUUCCUGUGUGGAUGGUCUGAAGCAGAAAAAUCAUUAACAAAGGAAUAUAAAGCACUCCCUCAAAAUAACUUGUUAUGUUUUUAUGAUGUUGUUGUUUUGAGCUGUUAUAUUCUUUAUUUUGAGCUUUUCUUCUUGAAUUUUAAGAACGAAAAUACACAAAGAAACAUGAAUGGAUCAGUGUAGACAGUGGAAUUGGAUCAAUAGGAGUAACAGACUAUGCCCAGGUAAAUAAGUUACAACCAUUCUUUUGUCUUUAAGUUAUUAUCAUACAUUUCAGGUGUAAAUGAUAUACUUGCGAUGCUCAUUUUAUCUUUCACUACUUUAAAACACAUGUGGAACUGGUCAAUCAAUUACAAACAAAAUGAAAUUUUUCUUACAUUUUAUUUACUCUCUAUUUUUUUUCUUCUAGAAAGAAUUAGGAGAAGUUGUUUAUGCUCAGCUUCCUGAGGUGGAAGAUACAUUUAAUAUAGGAGGUGAGGAGCCCUUCCAUUUUAUGCAACUAACAAUAGACAUAACAUUUAGUUAAAGAGGUUUCAUGUGGUGACAACUUUUUUUCUGGGAACAAAAAUUACAAGUUUAUAAUAUAAAAUGGAUUUUUCACAUAAAUAGAAUAUCUCAAGAUGAAACUCAGAAAAGCAUAAACAUCAGAAUUUAAUUUCUGCAAUGUUUUGUGUAGAGAAACAAGCCAAUCAGGCCUGAACAUAAAAGUAAUUAAUCAUAGUUCAUUUCCAUUUUGAUUGUUCAUAUAAUAAUAACAUUUCUUAAAAUAUUUCAUAUACCAGUACUUACAGUUUUUUCUUUAGUUUUUCUGUAAAACUGGUCAAUAACUGAUACUAUUUGUGUUUAAAUUUGCUUAUAGAUGAAAUUGGUGCAUUAGAAAGUGUCAAAGCUGCUGCAGAUAUUUACUCACCAGCAAAAGGUGAAGUUAGUGAGAUAAAUGGUGAACUGGAGAGUAACCCUGGUUUGGUGAAUGAAUCUCCCUAUGAUAAAGGUACAUGCAGUGACUAACAAUAUAAUGAAGCAUAAAAUUACAUUUGCUUGAUUUAUUUGUAUAAUUUUCUGUUUAAUUACAUGUAAGUUUUAAUCAAACUUGUGCCUUAUUCACACAACAGCUAAGCAUGUGUAGUGAAACCAGGUCUAACUGAAUGCAAAUGGACCACAAAACUUCAAAAACUGAUCAAGUAGUCACUAACUUGUAUUUUCUUGUGCUAUAUUUGAAGUGGAAAAUCAUCAGUUUAAGCAACUUCUUUGGGAAAAACACCUUUAAACCAUGUUUAAGAAAACAGCUUAAAACCAUGUUUAGCAUUAUUUAGAAUGGGGUUUUCAAAUUUUGUAACACUAGUUAAGGCUGAUGAGAGUUUAAUUUAUUUGAGAACCAUAAUUUUGUUGCCAGAGCUAUGUAGAGCUUCAUGAUUGCUUCCACAGAAGAAUGGAACAAGGUGUCAACCUUUACAAUACAUGUGCUGCUUCUAACCUUUGUGUUGCUUUUAGGCUGGCUGGUCAAAAUGAAAGUUGAAGAGUUGGCAGAUGACCUUCUGUCAGAAGAAGAAUAUAAUGACCUGGUCAAGAGUAUUGAUCAUUGAUUGUAAACAGAGAACAAUAAUUAUUUUUAUAAUAAUUAUUUAAAAUAUCUUGGUGAACUAGUUGUUUUGACUGAACAGUGCUCAAAACUGACACUAUUAUAAAACAUAUCCAAUUUUUAACAUAAACUAUUUAUAGAAGCAAAGCCAUUUCAAACAACUUGGUUUAAGUUUAGUUUGUAAUGCUUAAGUGCUUUGAAUUCAGGGGAUUGACGUCAGGUGGGUGUGGCUCAACCCUUGCACUACCAGCAACAACCAUUUUAAGUCAAUUUUUAACAAUUUAUUUCAAUUAUUAAAUGGGGAACAUUAUCCUGGUGUAACACCAAAUUCUCAGAAAUUAGAAGAAUUUGCUGGUAGAUCUUUCAUGCAGAAGAGUUACAUGCCUGUUGGUCAAUCAAAUAGUAAUCAUUUGGAAAUAAGAACCAUUAACUCCCAUUAGUGAUUAACAUGUAACUUCUCCCUAUGAUAUACAUACAUUAACCAGUAAACAGGUGAUGGGACUACCUAAACUUAUCAGGUAGAAGUUUUAAUUUGAUUUACAAGGAAAUGUGCAGCAACUAGAUGGAAGAAUUAACAUACAGAUUUUGGGAGUUGAAGGAUUAAUAGGGUACAAAACUGCUUGGUAUAUGCUUGUUUUCUUUUUUUUUUUAAUCUCAUGAUGAAUCUGUGGUCCAUUUAUUUUUAAUUACUUUUUGGAGAAUUUUGUCUUAACCCUUUUAUUCCCAGAAGGGACUACAGAGAAAUUCCUCCCCACAAUUUCAGUAAGCUUUUAGCAGAAGGUGAUGAGAAAAUAGAAAGAUAUCAACCAAGGGAUAUUGUUUGAUGUAAAGCAUAUCCUCAGACUUCAAUUACAAGAAAUUUUAAGGAGACAGUACAGAAAAUUGAUAGUGAAAUUGUGGGAGAUUAAGGGUUGACAAAGCACUGAACAGAAAAUGUCAUUUGAUGUGCUUUAUUUAUGUUAUUAUGGCUAUAACUUAAGUAUUAUUGUUUCUGUUAUUUUGAAAAUGGCUUCAAGCUUAACCCUUUACUCUCUAACAUCAGCAUGCAUAUUCUCCACACUGAUCAUUUGAUUCAAGGGUGAUACUAUAAGGAGAAAUUAGAAGCCAGUCACAAGUAGGGGUUAAAGAGUCAAGUCAAAA